AUGGCGGGGGGUAGCGCAGGCCAGGUCGCGGUGGGGUUGGGUAGCCCGUCAGCAUCGCCGACGCGGUCGACGCGUGGAGUGACGCCCAGCGGAAGGGUCCAAGACACACUUCGAUCGCUCGAAAACGCGACAUCGAAGACGUCAAAAAGACCGGCGACUCGAGCGACGCGGAUAUCGCCAGCCGAAACCGAAAUUGAACGCGUAAUCGAAGAGAAGAAGGCUCGCAGCAAUGGCGAGACCGGCAAGGCGAUGCUCCAGAGGGUGCUGGAGGUGUUGGGGAGAAUGGGAGGUGAAAUGGGAAGAUUGAAGGAUGCGAUACACGAACAGAGCGACACCAUCCGUGCCCAGGAGAGCCUGAUCCGAGAGCUCCAGUCUCAAGUCAAGGAAUCACGCAGAGAGUCUGAUCGCGAGAACAAGGAGUUGCGAGAGGAACUCCAAAAUACGAAGAAGGACCUGAGACAGAUUCGGGAGCAGCUUGAAGCGUUCAAUGCCGCAACGAACUCGGAGAGGAACAGCCCUCAAGCCUCGUAUGCGGACGUUGCCCGAAUAACGCCGUCGAAUAUAUCAACGAACCUGAGCAGCCCAUCAACGCGCAUGACACCAUCGUCGUUCAGCGACACGCUCUAUUGCACAAUCGACCUAUCACGAGUCGAAGAUCAGAACAGAGGCAGAGCGCAGGUGGGAGAAAUCCGGCAAGCCGUCGAGGCCGAGAUGAGGGCGAAGGAGGGUCAUGAAGGGUGGCGAUGCGCGGCAGUCGUGAAAGACGCGCGGAACGCAGAACGUGUUAAGAUCAUGUGCAGGAAUGAAACAGAACUUCAGAGAGUCAAAGACGCUGCGCAGAAGACGGCGGUCAUAGGAGCGCGGGUCAUGAGGGAUCAACUCUACCCAGUCAAGGUCGACAAUGCCAAUCGCACGGCAGUGUUGGACGCAGAAGGCUACGUCUUGACGGGUGCAGCCGAGGCACUUGGCGUGGAGAACAACGUCACCAUUGCCAAGAUUUCGUGGUUGAGCAAUAAAGAGAUAGGAAAAGCAAAUCGGUCACAAGGCCUUCUCAUGGAGUGCAUUGCGGCGGAGCCAAAAAAGCUAGGUAUCUUCCAGCUUAACGUACGCAAGCGAGACACGGUACAGCUCAGUGUUAUGAACGACGAGGAAUUGAAGGACUGCGCGGUGCUGGCGAUUGCAGAGCCCUACGCGCGCAAGAAGGACGGGAUGAUCGUGACGGCCCCGAUGGGCCAUAGCAGUUGGUCAAGGAUACUUCCGACGCAGACCAACGAGGCGGGAUGGCCGGUCAGGAGCAUGCUUUGGAUACGGAAGGACAUCGACUCGGAGCAGGUCCCGAUACCGUCGUCAGACCUGACAGCGGCUGUGCUGCAUCUGCCAGAUAGAGAUGUCUUGGUGAUGUCGGUGUAUGUACAAGGGAAGGACGAGGAGGCCCUGAUUCUCACAACGACGGAACUGGGCGGUCUAAUCACCCGUUUCCGUAACGGCACUGGCAAGCGAACCGAUGUGGUGUUGGCAGGGGACUUCAAUCGGCACGACCUACUCUGGGGAGGCGAUUGUGUCACGUCCAGGAGACAAGGUGAGGGUCAACCAAUCAUCGACCUUAUGAACGAACAUGGCCUUUGCAGCCUGCUCCCCCGCGGCACGAAGACUUGGCAGGGUCCAGAUAAGGAAAGCACGAUUGAUCUGAUGUUGGUGUCGACGGAACUGGCGGACGACAUGGUGAAAUGCGCCAUUCACCCAGCGGAAUAUGGAUCGGACCACCGGGCCAUUCAUACAGCCUUUGACAUCGACCUACCAGAAAGAGACCUCACACCGAGGCUUCUACUUAGGAACGCGCCCUGGACAGCAAUCAGGAACAGGACCGACCGCUUCAUGGAAGUACAUUGGGAUGACUUUCUGGCCGAUGACGGCAACAUUUGGAGGGCCGCUAAAUACCUCAAGGAACAGGCGGAGGAGCUGCUCAGUGCCUUUUUUCCGCCACUACCGGACGCUAUCGAGCCUGAACAUGAAGGACCGCAACGGGCGCCGGUGCCCAUGCCAGAACUGACCAUGGAGGAGAUUGAAAGGAAAGUCAUGACAGCCAAACCCUGGAAGGCGCCUGGAGACGACGGCCUGCCAGCCAUGCAAUGGCGAAUGGCAAAGAUCAUCCCACUGAAGAAGCCGGGAAAAGAUGAUUACACUGCGGCGAGGGCCUGGCGACCAAUAUCGUUGCUGUCGACACUGGGCAAGAUCCUGGAGGCGGUGAUGGCCGAGCGGAUUUCCUUUGCGGUGGAAACGUUUGGGCUGUUGCCAACUAACCACUUUGGAGCCAGGAAGAGGCGUUCCGCGGAGCAGGCUCUCGUGCUCCUGCAAGAGAAAAUCUACAAAGCAUGGCGAAUGGGCAAGGCUUCUACAACGGCUCGCAGCGAGGGGUUUGCCCGCGAGCUGGUCUUCCCAGGGAUCGCCGCUUUCGCCGAUUCUCUUUCUUUCUUCAACGCAGACCUAGUGCAGACCAAAAUCAGCACCUCCGGAGGAUCAAUCGCAUUCGUGGACGAUUACUCGGCUUGGGUCACAGGCUCGACUGCAGAGUCGAACCGGGACGGAAUCCAGUCCAUCAUCGACCGUGCCCUAGAGUGGGAAAAGCGGAGCGGGGCGACGUUCGAGGGCGACAAGACGACCAUCAUUCACUUUACACGAAUGGCCGAGCGCUCUAGCUCAAGUCCAUUUGUUAUCAAAGGAAGAACGAUCUGGCCACAGGAAAACGCCAAGGUGCUGGGAGUGGUCAUGGAUGCAAAACUACGAUAUAAGGAGCAUAUGUUGUUCACGGCUGCGGUUGCGCCUGCUAUGGAUUAUGCCUCCACUGCGGUGACCGGAGCGUUCCGUACCGUGUCGACGGCAGUCGCGGAAGCAGAGGCAAGCAUUCGGCCGGUGCGCAAGGCAUUGUCGUCGCGACGAGCUCAUCCGAAAGGCGAGGCGUAG